CAGCGGAGUCUGUCACCUGACUCGGUUCAAACAUGGCUGCGCUAGGAUAUUGUCGCUUUGCGCCCCCGGAACAGGAGGUACUGCACGAACGAGACCUUUGAGGAUGUGCUCCGCGUAAAGCGUCUCUUUUCUACCUCCCUGCACUCUGUGCUGGGAAAAUGAAUCAUCCGUUUGGAAAAGAGGAAACUGCUACCGAGAAGCAGCUUUUUGGCUUUUUCUGUGAAUGCCUGCGGAGGGGAGAGUGGGAGCUGGCACAGGCAUGUACCCACCAGCUGCACGAGGCACACGGGGAUAUCCCAAAGAGGGUGGAAGACAUACUUAAGGCGCUGGUGCUAUGCCCAGAUCUGCUGAGGUGUAGGCAGGACAUCAGCCCCCAAAGAUUAUCUUGGCUCUGGCUUCUUGUACUAGAAAAAUGGUUGGCCCAGGAAAAGAAGUCACUCCCAGCUGUUUACCGGAGAAAGCUUGAGUUUCUUUUCUUGUCUGAAGACCUCCCGAGUAACAUUCCAGAGGACAUCCUCACGGAGCUGUACGAGGCUGUGGCACAAGGCACUGUGUCCCCUGUGGCUGACACAAGUCAGAGGCCACAGAGCUGGACACCUCGACUCACCUCGGAAGCUGUCUCUGUGCUCUGGGAUCUGCUGAGGCAGGCUCCUGAGCCAGCACAGGCGCUGCUGGAGCUCCUGCUUGGGGACGAUGCCGGCGUCAGCCCCUGUCAUUGGCCCCUGCAGAAGGCACUGGUGGACCUCAUUCGAGAGGCGCUGCAGGCUCUGCAGGGGCCUGCCUCUGGGCCCCCUGGGGUCGUCGAUGCCAUCUACAGAGCGCUGCGGACUCUGCGUUGCCCUGCAGAGUCCCCGGGGGCCGAGUUGCGUGCCCUGUGUGAGGAGCUCCUGGAGGCCUGCGAGGCCGAGGGCAGUCCCCUGAAGGAGGAGCGGUUGCUUGGCUGCCUAGCACACAAGGCUGGACGGGGCUUGCUGUCCCUUUAUGGCCACACCUAUGCAGAAAAAAUCCUGGAAAAGCCACCCAGGUCCGCAGCAUCAGGGAAAGUCUCCCCGGAUCAUCCAGAUCCUGAGCGGACAAUGCUGACCCUGUUCUCCGCUCCCAACCCAGCCCAGGCUUGGAAAGUGGCUUUUUUCUACUGCCUGAGCAACAGCAAGCACUUCCUUGAGCAGAUUCUGGUGACAGCACUAACUCUGUUGAAAGAAGAAGACUUCCCAAACCUUGGUCGCCUGCUGGAUAGAGAGUUCAGGCCUCUCAGGCACCUGCUCGUGCUCCUAGGCUGGACACACUGCCAGAGCCUCGAGUCAGCAAAGAGGCUGCUCCAGACGCUGCACAGGACCCAGGACCAAGGCCACGAUGAGCUUCUCAGGGAUGCCUGUGACGGACUGUGGGCCCACCUGGAGGUCCUAGAGUGGUGCGUACAGCACAGCAGCAACCCCAUACCAAAGAGAGAGCUCUUGUGUCACUUACAUGGGGGAGGCAGCCACUCAGUGCUCUACUCUCUGCAUCACCUCACCGACCUUCCAGCCCUCAGAGAGGAAGAGGUUCUCAAGCUCUUGCAGAAGGUGCCAGCCAAGGACCUGCAACACGAGCACGAUUCUGCCGGUGCCCUAGUUCCUGAGGACCUGAUCCAGUGUCAGAGUCUGAUCCUCUACCAGGGCUUCUGUGCCAUGAAAUAUGCCAUCUAUGCCCUCUGUGUGAACUCACACCAGUACUCCCAGUGCCAGGACUGCAAAGACAGCCCCUCUGCGGACCUGGCCUCAGCCACAGAGCCCGCGAAUGACUCUGUCACCUCCCCAGGUGCUUCCCAUCUCUUCUCAACUUACCUGGCCAGGUGUCAACAGUACCUGUGCAGUGUCCCUGACUCUUUGUGCCUGGAACUUCUAGAAAACAUCUUCUCUUUGCUCUUCAUCACCUCUGCUGAUCUUCACCCAGAGCCUCACCUGCCUGAGGACUAUGCUGAGGAUGAUGACACAGAGGGCAAAGGCCCCUCGGAUAUGAGGUCGCCAUCAGAAAGCCCUCAGCAUGCAGGCCAGCCUGAGAGGAAGUCAGAACAGGGUUCCCUUGGAGCACCCAGGAACCUGGCUUCUACAAUACCAAGUUGUCUAAAAGAACAGCCUGCAGAUAGCUCCCCGGGGCCCCAUGGCAAUUUUUUGGAUUUAAAGCACUUUACGAAGGGUAUCCAUGGAUUCCUGGCUGAUGAGUUUGCAGUAGGGGCCUUCCUUGGGCUUCUUCAGGAGCAGCUAGACAGGAUCAGUGGCCACAGCUGCCCCGAUAAGGCAAAGCUUCCGGAAGGCCAGAGCUACACAGGAAGCCGAGAUGGACUGCAGAGCCGCCUGUACCAGUUUUCUAAGGUUCUUUCUGAGGCCCAGUGGAGGUACAAGGUGAUAACAAGCAACCAUGGCUCAGAGGAGCCACGUUCCCGAAGGUACCUGCCAACUGCCCCAAGGCACUCUAGUCUCCGCAGGGGUCGUCGGACAAGAAGGAGCAGGGCAGAUGGCCGGGACAAAGGCUCCAGCCCUUCCUUGGAAAGUAUGAGUAGUGAACAGAGCACAAGUACUUCAGAGGGCAGUCUGAGCGCCGUGUCCGGGCGGAAUGAGCUGGAUAGCCGAUCGCAGCCCCAUCCUCAAAGCCCAUUCCUGCCCAUGAUGUUCUCCCCACCCGAGUCACUGCUAGCAUCCUGUAUCCUCCGGGGGAACUUCGCAGAAGCCCAUCAGGUGGUCUUCACAUUCAACCUGAAGUCCUCACCCAGUGCUGGGGAACUGAUGUUUGUGGAGCGCUACCAGGAAGUGAUCCAGGAGCUGGCUCGAGUGGAGCACAAGAUUGAAAACCAGAACUCAGAUGGCACUAACAGCACCAUUCGAAGAACUGGCAGUGGUCGUUCAACUCUACAGGCCAUUGGCAGCGCUGCGGCCGCAGGGAUGGUAUUUUACUCCAUCUCUGAUGUGACUGACAAGCUGCUGAGCACCUCCGGAGACCCCAUCCCCACACUCCAGGAGGACUUCUGGAUCAGCACCGCUCUGACAGAACCCAGCACUCCCCUGCGAGAGGUUCUGGAAGACCUCAGUCCCCCCGCCAUGGCUGCAUUUGACCUAGCUUGCUCUCAGAGCCAGCUCUGGAAAACCUGCAAGCAGCUUUUGGAGACAGCUGAGCGGCGUCUGAACAGCAGCCUGGAGAGCAGGGGUCGACGGCUAGACCAAAUACUCCCCAGUCCUGAUGGUAUUCGAGGAUUUCCAGCUGUCCUUCAGCAGAUUAGCAAGAUUCUUAAUUGCCCCUUUAUGUCAGCUGGCCAAGCUAAGUCAGAGACUGCAGAAGAAAAGUGUGGGGCCCCUCCCCGGGGCAGCAUCACUGAGCUGCUUCAGGUGUGCUGGCCCCGCCUAACCGAGGACUGUGUUGCCAGCCACACCACCCUCUCCCAGCAGCUGAAACAGGUCCUUCAGUCACUGAGAGAGGCUCUAACGCUGCCAGAGCCCAGGAGUACUCCACUUUCUUCCCUGGUGGAGCAGGCAUCCCAGAAAGCUCCUGAGGCCGAGGCCCACCCUGUGUACAUCCAGACUCAACUCCUCCAGAAGAAUCUUGGCAAACAGACCACAGCAGGCAGCAGGCAGACUGACUACGUGGGUGCUUUCGUCAGAUACUGUAGCACCUUGGCUUCUGUUCUCCUUCAGAGUUUGAGCUCUGAGCCUGAGCACGUGGAGGUCAAAGUAGGAAAUCCCUUUGUUCUCCUGCAGCAGAGCCCUUCCCAACUUGUGUCGCAUCUCCUGCAUGAAAGACAAGUUCCACCAGACAGGCUGGCAGCCCUUCUGGCCCGAGAGGGUCUCAGCCUGAGUGUGCCACAGAUUAUCAUCAACUGCUGUUGUGAGCCCCUUACCCUCUGUUCCUCUGUGCAAAGCCAGCAGACAUCAUCCCUCGUGACCCAGCUGGGUGUCGUGGCUCGGCAGUACACCUCCCACUUCGUGGAUGACCUUCCUCUUUCUGCACCAGGCUCCCCUAGGCCAACCGAGAAUCCCACCCUGGAGAAGAAGCACUGCUCCUACCCAAAGGACUCAUCCUCACCAGCCCUCACUGCCUCUGCCUUGGCCUUCCUUAAAUCCCGCUCCAAGCUACUGUCUACGGUGGUCUGCCUUGGGGUUUCCCAGGGGUCAAAGGUCAGCAAGCCCAGCUUGUCAUGGAAGGAGCUUCGUGGACGCAGGGAGGUGCCUCUGGCUGCAGGACAGGUAGCCCGAGAGUGUGAGCACCUCCUGGAACAGUUCCCUAUGCUCGAGGCCGCCCUGCUGGCUGCCUUGGAGCCCCUCCGUGGGCCCUCUGAGCAGGGCAAGAGUCUGGCAGCCAGUCUGUGUGGUCAGGCCAAUCUCUCUACUGUGCUGCUGGGCCUGCAUUCUCCACUUGCUCUGGAUGUGCUUGCCGAGGCCUUUGAGGCAGCCCUGGUGGCCAGAGAUUGGCCACGGGCCCUUCAGCUCAUCGAAGCGUACGGGCGAGAUGCGGAUGGUCUGAGCAACGUGAAGGAUGCUGUCCUGAGCUGCGCGGUGGCGUGUGACAAGGAGGGUUGGCAAUACCUGUUUCCUGUGAAGGAUGCAUCUCUGAGAAGUCAGCUGGCCCUACGGUUUGUGGAUCGGUGGCCCUUAGAGUUGUGCCUGGAGAUCUUGGCUUACUGCGUUUCAGACACAGCUGUCCAAGAAGGACUAAAGUCUGAGCUGCAGAAGAAGCAGGUGGAGCUUCAAGUAUAUCAAAAGAUUCUAGGCCUGCAGGAACCUCCGGCAUGGAGUGAUUGGCAGACCCUGAGGAUCUGCUGUGUUUCGGACCCAUCAUCUGUCAUGAAAAUGAUUCUAGAAGCACAGGAAUAUGAGCUGUGUGAGGACUGGGGCAGUCUGUACCCCAUUCCAAGGGAACAGUUAAUCAGCUUACAUCAGAAGCAUCUUCUCCACCUUUUGGAGAAAAAAGACCAUGACAAGGCUCUGCAGCUCCUACAGAGAAUUCCGGACCCCACCAUGUGCCUUGAGGUCGCAGAGCAGUCCCUCGACCAGCACCCCAGCUUGGCCACCUCGCACUUCCUGGCCAACUACCUCACCAGUCACUUCUAUGGAGAAUUGACUUCUGUUCGACAUGGAGAAAUCCAGGCACUAUACAUGGGAUCCAAGGUUCUGCUGACCCUGCCUGAGCAGCACCAGGCCAGGUAUUCCCACCUGUCCUCCAGCCCCCUGCUCAUGUUGGAGCAGCUGCUGAUGAACAUGAAAGUGGAUUGGGCCACUGUGGCUGUGCAGACCCUGCAGCAGCUGCUGGCUGGACAGGAGAUUGGCUUCACCAUGGAUGAUGUGGACUCACUGCUCUCCAGAUAUGCAGGGAAGGCCCUGGAACUCCCCUACCCUCUAAGGGAGAGACGAACAGAUUCUGUGAUUCACCUCCAGGAAAUUGCUCAUCAGGCUUCCGACCCUGAGACCAUGUCUAGAUCAUCAUCAGCAGAGUUCGCUGCUGCUGCUCCUGGCGUCUCCAUUGCGCGUUCCCCCAGCCCGAGGGAGAAGAGCCUUCCUCACAGCCAGCCCCAGCUGGAAUUUGUGCCCCCAGAAACACCUCCUGCCAGGCACCAGUGGGUGCCUGAUGAGACCGAGAGCGUCUGCAUGGUCUGUCACAAGGAGCACUUCAGCAUGUUUAACAGGCGUCAUCAUUGUCGCCGCUGUGGCCGCCUAGUGUGUAGUUCCUGCUCCACUAAGAAAAUGGUGGUGGAAGGCUGCCGAGAGAACCCUACGCGCGUGUGUGACCAGUGCUACAGUUACUACAACCAAGAUACAUCGGAGGAGAAUCCAGGCCAACCAGAAGUACCUGACAGUGCAAAGACUGAAAGUCUUCCAUAUUCAGCCAUGGUGAAAGUGCCCAAAGCAGCUGAGGUGGAAUGGAUUUUGGGUCUGAAUGAGGAAGAAAAUGAGUUGGUGCGGAGUGAAUUUUACUAUGAGCAGAGGCUGAAAGAAGUAGAUGUGAAGGGGCAAAAGCAGGAGAAAGGAGCUAAUAUCACUAUUUUAUGUAAGAGACAUUAUAUCAGCAAGGUGGAUGUGCUAAACAUUUUAGUUGCAGCUGCCUACCGCCACGUGCCAUCCCUAGAUCAGAUCUUGCAGCCUGCUUCAGUCACCAGGCUGAGGAACCAGCUUCUGGAAGCUGAGUACUACCACCUGGGAGUCGAGGUCUCCACAAAGACUGGGCUUGAUUCCACUGGGGCGUGGCAUGCUUGGGGCAUGGCCUGCCUGAAAGCGGGGAACCUCACCGCAGCCCGGGAGAAGUUCAGUCGCUGUCUGAAGCCCCCCUUGGACCCCAACCAGCUGAGUCAUGGCUCAAGGCUGGUACAGGAUGUAGUUGAAUACCUGGAGUCCACAGUGAGGCCCCUCAUUUCCUUGCAAGACGAUGAUUACUUCGCCACCUUGAGGGAACUGGAAGCCACCCUUCGGACCCAGAGCCUCUCCCUCGAGGUCAUUCCUGAGGGGAAGCUCAUGAACAACACCUACUACCAAGAAUGCCUGUUCUACCUGCACAACUAUAGCACCAACCUGGCCAUCAUUGGCUUCUACAUGAGGCACAGCUGCCUCCGGGAGGCCCUGCUGCACCUCCUCAACAAGGACAGUCCUCCAGAAGUCUUCAUAGAAGGGGUUUUCCAGCCAAGCUACAAAAGUGGAAAGCUGCAUACUUUGGAGAACUUGUUGGAAUCCAUCGAUCCAACCCUGGAGACCUGGGGAACAUACCUGAUUGCUGCCUGCCAACAUUUACAGAAGAAGAACUACUACCACAUUCUGUACGAGCUGCAGCAGUUCAUGAAGGACCAAGUCCGGGCCGCCAUGACCUGUAUUCGGUUCUUCAGUCACAAAGCAAAGUCAUACACGGAGCUGGGAGAGAAGCUCUCGUGGCUGCUUAAGGCCAAGGACCACCUGAAGAUCUACCUCCAAGAAACAUCCCACAGCUCAGGAAGGAAGAAAUCCACCUUCUUCCGAAAGAAGAUGAGUGCAGCUGAUGUGUCCAGGCACAUGAAUACGGUUCAACUGCAGAUGGAAGUGACCCGGUUCUUACAUCGGUGCGAAAGUGCUGGGACUUCUCAGGUCACCUCUUUGCCUCUGCCAACGCUGUUUGGAAACAACCAUAUGAAGAUGGAAGUUGCCUGCAAGGUCAUGCUAGGAGGGAAAAAUGUAGAGGAUGGCUUUGGAAUUGCAUUCCGCGUUCUGCAGGACUUCCAGCUGGAUGUAGCUGCAACUUACUGCCGAGCUGCCCGACAGCUGGUGGAGAAGGAGAAAUACGGUGAAGUCCGACAGCUACUCAAAUGUGUCAGCGAGUCAGGCAUGGCAGCCAAGAGUGACGGAGACGCCAUCCUCCUCAACUGCCUGGAUGCUUUCAAGAGAAUCCCGCCCCAGGAGCUGGAGGGCCUGAUCCAGGCGAUACACAGCGAUGACAACAAGGUUCAGGCCUACCUGACGUGUUGCAAACUGCGUUCUGCCUACCUGAUUGCGGUGAAGCAGGAACACUCACGGGCCACCACCCUUGUGCAGCAGGUGCAGCAGGCUGCCAAGAGCAGCGGGGAUGCGGUCGUGCAGGACAUCUGUGCCCAGUGGCUUCUGACGAGCCGCUCCCGCAGUUCUCAUGGCUCAGGCUCCAGAAAGUGACGCUGGGCAGCGGGGCUAGAAAAACGUGGCCUGAGCAUUCUGAUGACGGGAGCCAUUCCCACUGUGGAGUGGGGUUCAUCUGGCUCUGCCCCGGGUCGGAAAGAGCUGGGUUGGACCCUUCCUUGCCUGCUUGGGCAAGGACAGGACCUUUCACGCAAGUGCCAUGUUUCUGUACAGUUGUGGACUUUGUAUGUGUUUAUCUGGAGAUGGCCAGUUCUUUCUACCUCAGAGUGAGCGUGUGCACACCACGCACACCUGUGCAUGCUCCUGCACACUCAUGUUUACGCCCCCAGCAUUCUCUGAACAACUAACACUCUCCUCCCAAGAAAUGAGGCACUUUACUUUAGACUCCUGCCUGUCUUAAAACCUUCCCUGCGUUUUGGUUCUUGACCCGGGUUGUCCUGUUUGUACACAGCCCCUUCUGGGUGGGCACACCUAGGUAGCUCUCUUAGCUAGGGGGAGUUGACAGAGAACUGGAGAGCAACACCGAAAGGACCACUUGGUUUUCCUUCCCAAAAUCCAGAGAUGGCUGUGGGACAAGUGCUGUCUCUGGAAUGAAACUGCUUUCCAGGCGUCUCGCAUAAGCACAAGGAGUUGACAGGAGGCUUUGGAAGGUAGAAGGAGUAGAAGGCUUUCCAGAUACCAGCAUCGGAUGCUGUGGCUGACACGCAGGCAGGAGAGGUCCCUACCACGUUCAUCCGGGGGGUGAGGAGAGGAGGGCACUCCAAACAGGAAUGAGGUGGUGGUUUACUCAGAAGCACAGAGCUGGUGCUUGUGAAUAGCCCCGCUGCCAAGAUGAUGGGUGAGGAGAGAGAACUAGCCAGCGUCCUAGGACUGGCUAGCUGUUACCUACGUGACUUCUGCUCCUAUCUGUGCCUCUUGAAUUGGUUAGGAAACCACUUCCCUUCCUUCCUGCUUCAGUCUUUUGAAGACUACAGACAGCUUUGCAGACCCCUGGGUCACUGAGGCUGCUGUGUACUUCUUUUCGAGCUUAACAGUCAAGGGCUUGGCUGUGGACAGGAAUCGGAAUCACAGGAUAUUGAAGUAGAAUAAGCACUUUCCUGGCAAGCGCAAGGGUCUGAGUUCAAUCCCCAGUUCUGCCCAAAAAAAAAAAAAGGAUAUUGAAUAGGUCCCACACAGUUGGUCGAAAACUAGGUGAAGUAUUCCUUUAAUGUGCAUCAGCUUGUCUCUCCACCUGAGAUGUGACAACAUUUGAGAAAAUGUAUGUCAUAUCCAGUGACUUGGGCCUGCAAAUGAGGGCCUGAAGAGAAGCUAUGCACCCUCAGUCCCACCAGCUGGAGCUCAGCCUGUUGAUGUCACCUUCAAUGCUUGGACAAAGGAACUGGAAGCUGAAGCCACUAUCUGGUGCUUAGAAAUCCUGUGGAAUUCCCUUGGAACCUAGUUUUCUAAUAGUAAAAUUAAUAACUUAUGGACAUCUACCAGGUUGAAAGUGAUCCUACUAGAGGAGAAAGGCUCUAAGGAGAAUACCAGAUGUUGGACGGAUAGCCUUCCAUUCCUUGAGUCAAUGCACCCAGUGCCCAGGAGGACACUGUUGCCCGGCGUCCACUUACCCUUCCUUCUGAGUCUGCCCUUCUUGCACUGAACCUAAGCACUUUAUACAAGUGGACCCUGAGUUUGGGACGUUAAGACCAGAUUUUCCUACAUUUCCCUCUAACUAGCUGAACUCUGAAGUAAGCAGCUAGUGGUUAGACUGACAUAAGAUGAGGCUAACUGAGCAUAGUGCUGCGGUCUCCAGAACAACGACUCCAGAACAGACAUGCACAUUGAGGGCUGAAUGUUUAACCAGGCACAAGCCACAAUAAAGUGUCUCUC